AUGUUCCAAAACUUAAAUUCUUUCCUAGGACUUUUUAUACUACCAAUUUUUACUUUAAUUUUGUAUUAUGGCACGAAAUUACUUGUUGAAAGAAAGUAUAAACUCCAUGUUGGUUCAAUUGGUUUUCUAUCAAUUAACGACAUCGAAUAUUCCAACAUUGCCUCUGGACCAAAUCAACACACUUUCAAGGCUUCUACAAAUAAAAUUCAUUUACAUAUAAGACGUCCUCAUUCUGGUCGUAAAACAUGGAUAACAUUGACCAUCAACGAUCUCAAAAUUAAAUUAUCAUCCAUAAAAUUCUUCACACAAGUAAAUUCACAUAGAAGAAAACCUAGCUUGAUUUCUUCUGUUCCUCAAAAUGCUUGGUGGUCUUCGGUUUGGAUUGUGAAAUUUACAAUAGCAAAAAUAUCUGCGAUUCCAUUACAAUUUGUCAUAGCAGCUUUGUCAAAUUAUUUUGAUAUAUAUAUCAGCAAAAUAAAUAUAUCGGCCGAAGAUUUGGGACAAAUAACUUUGGCCUGUUUAAAUUUAUCAAUUCAACAUGUCAAAUCAAUGAAUUACCCAGCAAUUGUUUUUCCUUAUCUUUCUUCAAUAACUAUUUCUAGUCAUUUAUCACCAACAUGCACAUCUCUUUUAUCUUUCGAAAUUGGUGCUAAUUUCACUGAAAUAGAUUUAAACAUUGAUUCGCUCUUGUGUUUAUUAAACUCUUUAAAAAAUUCCUUGCCAAAAAAAACCCAUAAACGAGAUCCAAAGGAAGCUUUAAGAAAUGCUUAUUUAAAAUUAGGAUUGUCUCGCACUUUUUCAAUGGCUACACUUACUCGUAAACUCAUAAUGAGCCGAAGAAGGAAAAAAACUCCAAUAGAAUUUCUUGGUCUUGAUCUUAGUGUUGAUUCAACAAUCAAUGGUUUUUUGGUGAAAUUAGAACAACGAAAGCUUUUAUCAAAGAAUGCCGAGCCUAAUUUAUUCAAAAGAUCUAUAUUUGGUGAUGGUUCACCAGAACCCGUUGAAUUAUUAUUGAACAUUUCUAUAGACAAUGUUGAAUGUGAUCUUAUAAAUCAGGCAGUCAUAUCUCAAAUGUUACAAGUUAGCAAAGUAAACAGCAUAUUUACAUUUUCAAAACCUCUAGUUCUAACACCAGAUCUUGAUCCAAAUUCUUUAUCACUUAGAGGAACGUUUGAUAUAAUUUCCCCCGAACUAAUUUUUUCUUAUAAUGAUUUUAAUAUGUUGGGUCUCAUAAUAAAUGGCAUAAAAAAGAUAGAUUCAAACAACUCAAAACCUCAACUUAUUGAAGAUUCUCAAGAAAAUACAAUCAACAUUGUUUUAGAUAUCAAUGGUGAUUAUACUGAAUUGAAUGAUUUGUCUGCAUCUCAACAUAAAAAAACUUUGGAAAGAAGGUAUAAUAAAGGAUGGGCUCCACCUGAUUUUUCUAUGGUGUACAAUUUAAUAGUUAGUUUUAAAUCAAGGAAAAUGAGAUUGUAUACAUUAGAUAAAGAUCUGCUGAUUAACCAUUCUUGGGAGAUUAAUAUGGUUUCAUCUGCAUUAGGAUCAAUUACUUCAUACACCGAUGACAAGCAGUCUAGUACAUUUGCUCCAUCGUUACAAAAAGAAUCUUUUCAGGUGCAUGUUAGUUGGGCAAUUGAUGGAAUAGAAAUUUCAUUAUGUGAUAAAGGAUCUUUUAAUAUAUUAAAGCAACUAUUAACGAUUUUUGGUAAUGAUGAAAAUGAUAAUCACAUUAGUUCUGAAGGUCAUCAUUCAGAAACAUCAGCACUUUUACCACCAUCACAACCUUCUUCUACUACUGCAAAUCAGUCAUUAAUAAUAUAUGCUGAAGUUUUGAAAUUUCAUUUUUCAUUAAAUUCAAUGUGUAUUAGGGUUGCUGGAGCUGAUUGCUAUGUUGAUGCUUCAACAUCAAGAGGAUUUGAGAUUGGGCUGCAAGAAAUUGUAAUCGAGUACCAAGGUGUCAGGGCAUCAAUUGAUCAAAAUUCAACUCACAAUCAGGAAAAUGCACUUGGUCCUUCAACUAAAUUAAAUCAUGAUAAUGACAAUAUUGUGCAAGGUUUUCUUAAAGGUUUCAAAAUCACACCAAUUUUGGCACUUUGGGAUCAUGAACUUAUUGAACAAACAAAACCUUUAAUCUCCAUUCCAGAAAUUAAGCUUGAAAACAUAUUAUCAAUUAAACUUUUAAAUAAUGAUUGCAAAUUUGCUUUUAAUACCACAGUCAAGAUUCAUGAAAUUUAUCUAUUACACUCAUUACUAUAUCAUUAUUGUUUUAUAGUAGCCUUUAUGAAUGUUAUAAAUUUAUUUCCAAAAUCUUUGGAGGGCAAGGCAAUGAAGAGUUCUGGUUCUAAUAAAGAGGUUGUUGACACAAAAUUCAACAAGAUUGAAUUGAAUCUGACACUUGAUCACAUUAAUAUAAAUAUUGACUUGCCUGAAGAUACAAAAUUAUUUGUAAGACUAAAUGGAGUAAAUUACCGAUUUGUUUCACCAAUAGUUUAUAGUGUCAGCAUAAAAGAAACAAGUUUUUUUGGAACUAGCCCAAUUGAACAAGAUUUGUGGGAUGAAAUAAUCAAUAUCAAGAAUAUCAAAGUUUUGCAUACAGAGGAUGAUACAAAAAAAGCAAAAAAAAAAUUAGCAAAAAACAAUCUUGAAAAUUUGGUCCGUCUUCAAGCUGAUGUAUUUAAUUUUCGUGUCCCUUAUAAAUAUAUAAUAGCAGAUCUAACAGAGAAUUUAGCUAAUGAAAUCAAAUCAAUAAAACAAUUGCACAGUCGUAUCAAUGACCCCACAGCAUUGUCAAUUCCAGAUCCAGAGGAAGAAGGUCCAAAGGUUUUACCAACAAUUCAAAUUAAAAUUGCAACUUUAAUUUUUAAAAUAGAUGAUGAUCCUUUUGAGGCAAAACUUUCAAAUAUCUGGAAAUUAGGAUAUUUAGAACAGCGAACACGAUUAGAGCGUGAUAAAGCUUUUGAACUUAAAGUUGAAAGACUUAAAAGUGAUGAACAAAACCAACUAUCAAAAGAUGAUGCAGACUUGAAUAAUGAUGAACCCCAUAAAAACCCCAUCAAUAGGAAUUCUGAUCCUUUGACUGAUAAACAAGAAGAAUCAUCAGACAAUAAUACUAAAAAAUCUCGCCAACCUGUACCAACACCACGUGCAAACUUAAGAAUUGAGGCUGCACAAGCUGCUCUUGAUCAGUACAAUUCUAAAAGUUGGAUCACACGUGUUAAAGCUGAUCAAGAUACACUGUUAUGGCAUAAAAAUACUGAUUUUUCAGAAGAUUCUUUACCUAUUUCAACUACUGAGCCUUCAAGAUAUCCAGCAUUAUUAAAAAUUACCAUAGAUAAACUUUUGCUGACUAUAUCAACAGUAUCAUUUCCACUUGAACAAUUACCACAAUAUAUGUAUGAUAUUGGUAAAGGCUUGCCAUUAGAUACAAAAUUUACACUUCUAGUUCCUAUGAAUUUAAAUUGCAAAUUGAAGGAGGCCUGGGUUCAAAUUCGUGAUUAUCCUUUACCAUUGGCUCAUAUUCCAUCACACUCACCACAUAAAGGAAAAAAGGAUUAUUCAUGUGUCAUUGAAGGUAAUUUGGUUGUUGGUGAAGAGUUAAGAGGCGAGGAGUGUUUACGAAAACCUAUUGUGGAAGUAAUUUCUCCAAGAAUUUUAUAUGGAGAAAAUUGUACUUAUAAAAUGACAGUUCCAAGAACAUGUUCACCUGUUAAGUUAUAUUCUAAUUUUCAAAUUAAAAUUACUUCAUCAAAACCAACCGUUUUUUCAUGGGGUAUAUCUAUGCAACCUGCUAUUCAACAUAUGGCCAAAGUAUUUGAAAGUACUGGUGAUGUGCAUUUUUUCACAAAAGGAACGCGAGACCCUUAUUUAAUAACUGGUCAUGGAUCUGGUUUUGUUUUAAGUUGGAGACAAGGAAUUGAGAUUAGGUUAGGAUUUCCCAAUAAUCAAAAAGAGGUUUUACAAGUUAGCAGCGAAGGAUUUUUACUUGGUAUACCAGAUUUGGUUUCUGUUGUUGCUGAUGGUAGUUUAUCUGCUGACAAUCUAAAUUUACCAGCUAAAAAAUUACAGGGUGAAACUAUUGAUGGUUCUGAAACAAGCACAAUUGAGAUUGAAAAUAUCUUAAUAUCUAAAGAUUCACAAGUAAGUUUUUUAAAAACCUUGAUGAGGCUUAGUGGUGGAGUAAGGUAUGGAAUGGGAAUUGAUUUUCAUAGAAGUUGUCGCUAUAGUGAAGUUGAUUUUUGUAAAACAUGUGAUGGUAAAAAUAAAUGUCGUUACAAAGAUUUUAUCCCACAUUAUAAAGUGAUAACAAGAGUUCCAGAAUAUGCAUUUGUAUAUGAUUCUUUCAGAGGUUUUAGAUCAAAUCUUGUUCAUAUAUCUGUCAGUGUCACAUGUCCUUUGGAGAAUGAUCGCAGUGAGAUUGAUGACGAAAAAAAGGUCAAUAAAAAUUCAAUUCAAUUAAGUCCUAAAGCACUCCAACACGUGUUGGCGUGGGCAUUUCUUUUUGAACCUGCAAUGUCUAUUCCUGUUCGUCAAGGAGAUCUAUUCCCUUCACUUGAACCACCAACUGUAAAACUAGGAAAAUUUAUUCAAUCAGUUAAAAUAAAAGUUUGUGUUGGGCCACUAUAUUUAAGUCACUUUUAUAGACAAGAUGAUAUUGAAGAUCUGUAUGCUGGUAUGACUCAAUUAAUUGGAAUUAAAGCAAAAAUUGAAUAUUUUAAACUUGAUAUACAUUUGCAAGCACAAGAAAAAAUCAUACAACUGAUUGGAAAAGAAGUAAAAGGUAGAGAAAUAUUGUUACACGAAGCUGAGGUUGAUUUAAAAGAUCUUGAUUUACGUGGAAUUUCUGUAAAGUUUAUUGAAGAAAAUGGGUUUCCAGGGUCAGAGAAUCAUGAGCCAGAAAGACAAGAAAGUGAUGAGACAACGAAAACACAUGUAGAAGAUGAAAUAUGGAUUGAUGAUGAUGAAUAUGUGGAAUUAGAUUGUAAAUUACCUGAUGCGAAGCCAGUCGUUCAUAUAUAUCCUCAUAUGAAAAGUCCACAAAUGAUGUAUUAUAAACGACCAGAUAUACAAUUAUCUGAACAAGAAAGAAAAUUUGAUCAUGAUACUCAUGUGUGCAUAAUGGGUCAAGGUCGAGUUACCCAUCAAAUUCAAAUUGAUUUUCUUAAUGACAGAUUGAAUCAAAUAAGUAAUGAUAUUAUUCAACUAGAUAAACUGUCUAAAGAUAUUAAACAAAAAAUUACAGCACAUCAAGAAAAUCCAAAUAUUCAUAAUGUGACACAAUCAAUUCAAGAUGCUACUUUAGUUUUGUCAAAAAAACAUAAUCUCAUUCAAGAUUAUAUAAAUAAUUUGGAAGAGAGUCUUAAUAAAGACAUGAAUGUCACAAAAUUUAUUGACACAGAGGAUGUAUGUGAAGAUGAAGAUGAUUGUUCAAAUUUUGAUUCGCCUACAUGGGCAGAUUCUCAUGAAAAAUUUGGUCAUCAAUUUGUUAUACACAAUGCAGAAGCAAUUUGGAAUAAUUCCUUAAGAAAUUUAAUUUAUAAACUUUGGGAUCUUAUUGAACAAAAUCAAGGGCUUACUUAUUAUAUGUCGAUGAGAGCAGUGAAAUUUAUUCGUGAUUUACAAAAAAUAAUCCAACAAAGAGCUGAUAAAGAAAUUUUGCUCAAACCUCAAGGCGAAUCAUACUCAUUCUCUGAUGACCCUGUGUUUGAUGCCAGUAUGGCAGCAGAAAUGUUAAGAAAACUUGUUGGUGAAAAGAAUACAAAUUUUGUUGUUCUAAAUGAAACAUUAGAAGACAAUGAUAUUAAUAAGAAAGAAGAAAAAAAUAAAAAUGCAUAUGACAAUAUCCCUGAAGGUUAUUCAUUAAGAGAAAAUUAUAUUGUAGAACUUAUAAAUCCUCAAAUAAAUUUUCAAAGUGAUAAAAAUCCUGAUGCGAGUAUUAUAAUGUGUAUCGAAAGAGCACAACUUCAAACAUUCUCCAUUGUGGAGGAUUGUUCGAUUGGUGAUUUUAUUAAUGAGGUAGUGAAGACAAGAACUUUCUUUGGAUUGGACAAUGCACAAUUUUUCACCGCCGUCAAAAAUGAUUUUAGAAAUUACUUAUCUAGAAUUUCAACUGCAAAUAAUUAUGGAGCAAAAGGUCAAGAAAAUUGGCCUGUUUGGGUUCCUAUUGAAGGAUUAAUUAGUAAUACCAAAAAGAAUGCAUUGCCUUUUCAAAGAGUUGUAAGACGUACUUCAGCAACAAUGCAAUAUGAUAAAUUUAAUAACUUGCGUAUAAAAGGUGUUGGUGACGUUACGGAGGAAGAUAGUUCAUAUACCAAGCUUAAAAAUGCAGAACUCGAAAAAGAUGAAUUUCAUAAAAGAAUGGAUACAUGGAAAAUAAAUUUUCCUAGAUUUCAUCUAUCAGCCACUUCUGCACAAUACAAUAUCUUUUUAGAUGUAAUAACAGACUUGCUUAUGUAUCGCGAACCUGCUAUGAAAGAACGAUCAGAAAGAUUGAAUACAAUAUUACUUGCAGCAGAUUUAGACAACCUUAGUGGUGCAGCCGAAAGAGUAUUAUCUUUACAAGAGAAAAUUCGGCAUCUUACCGAAUUGAAGCGCCAAUAUCAAUUAUAUUUAGCAGAUUUGGGAGAGCGUGGAGCUAAGGAGCUUAGAGCAGUAGAAAUAGAUUUGAUGAGUUCACAAGAAGAACUAUAUAUUUUGAUGGAAGCCAUUACUGCGUCACAACAAAGAAAACAAAUGACGGAAAGUAAAAUGGCAUUAAAAGCCGUAGUAUCAUUAAACAAAGUAGUAUGGGAAAUGCAAAAAAGUGAUAGGACUCCAUUUUGUGAAUGGGAAUUAUCAAAUGCAUAUUUUGAAUGGACAACAAAAGAAGAAAACUCAACUUUAAAUUUUCUAGAGAUUGAUCACGUGCAACUGAUUAAUAAACUCCCAUCACCUAUAUUCACACAAUUAAUAUGCCCAUAUAUCCCUACCGAUAAUCGAAGACCAUUUGAUUUUAGCAGGACGAAAAUGUUGAGAGUAUACUGGAGUGAGAUGGAACCUGUUGGUGGAAUUGACAUUAUUGAACAUUUUGAGAUAAAUUUGUUUCCAUUAAAAUUUCAGAUGCAAUAUGAUGUUGGUAAAUUGAUUAUGGCAUAUAUAUUUCCUGAAAAAGAAAAGGCAUAUAUGAUCAAAGAAGGAGGUCCUGAUUUUGCUGAUAAUAUUUCAUUAAAUUUUAAUUCACAAAUUUCAAGAAAUAAUCUAAUUAGUUUGAAUAAUGCUGAAUUUAUUGAUAUUAAAGAUAAGGUUGAUGAAAUUGAAUUGAAUAAAAAUGUAGCCGAGGAACAGAAAAUGACAGUAGUUCAAAAUAACAAUCCGGCACAUGAUCUUGUACUAAUGAAAAAUAGAGCAUCACAAAACAAGACUUUUGUUUAUAUAAAAGUUCCUAGUGUUGCACUCAACUUUAGUUACCAGGGAGCAAAAGAAAAAAAUUUUGAAGAUAUUUAUAAUUUUGUAUUCCGUAUGCCAACAUUAGAGUAUCAAAAUAGAACAUGGUCAUGGUUAAAUCUUUUGGAACAAGUAAAGAAAGAUCUUCUUCGUACAAUUUUAUCUCAUACUGGAGCUUUGUUGGAAAAAAUUAUAACGCAAAAAACGCAAAAACGUAUACGACCAAACACCACAACAUCAGAUCUUGAUAUGUCAUCAUCACCAUCAACGUCUGAAGAACUGUCUUCUAAUAUAAAUAAUGGUCAUAAUUCUUUGAUCGAUAAAUCCUCAAUUAGUAGGGAUGAAAGUCAAAAGAAGCCCAAAGAUUCUAUGAAUUCAAAAACAAAAAUUAAUCAACAAACAAAUCAAAAUAACAAUGAUUCUGUUCACUUGAUACAUAAUAGAAAAGAAAGUUGUGAUACUGUAACGUCAGAAACGUCAAUAAGUACAAGGUCAACCACAAUUUCUUCAAAUGCAAAUGAUGACGCAGAAAUUGAAGAAAAAGCCAGUCAAUUCCGAAAUGAUAUACCGGGUCAAAUUGCAACAUUUCUGGUAGCUUUAAACUAUUCACUUAUUGAUGUGGUUGGCACUGGUGGUGAUGGCAUGAAUACUUUUAAUGCAUCAACUACUACUUGA